AUGAAAAACAGCACAGGAGGCGAAACUCAGCUAUCUGCAGCCGAGAGGAGAGGGGGUCCGUUCGAAGUCAAAUGCAUUUUUCAAGACCACGACUUGGGGACGUGGUUGGUGAACGGACGGCGUUCAGCUUACGUCAUUGAUGUGCGGGCAGCAUGGGGCUUAGGUUGCCACUACCUGCGGGCGGGAGCUGCCUGGAAGAAAACCUCUAUAAAAAUUUCUAAUACAAAAAAAAAAAGGAUGAAGAAGGAGAUAGACGAAAAAAAUAAAGAAGAAUAUGAAAAUGAUAAGAGGCAAAAAAAUACUAGCCCAGGAAAGUACGUCCUAUGUCCAUUAAGUUGUUCCCGCGCUAUGCUCUCCAAUCAAAUCUCACGCUGGCUCGGAGUCACUGGCCCGUCUUAUGUCAUUGACGCUGCUUGCUCCAGCUCUCUGUACGCUAUGGAACAUGCAUUUAGAGCGAUCCGUGACGGUCACUGUGACGCUGCCAUCGUAGGAGGGUCCAACUUAUGUCUGCAGCCUUCCACGUCAUUACAAUUCUUGAAAUUGGGCGCAUUUUCUGCGGACGGAAGGUGUAAAAGUUUUGAUGAGAGCGCCAACGGUUAUACCCGCUCUGAGGCCGUUGUCGUGUGCUUCUUACAAAAAGCCAAAGAGGCCAGAAGGUAA